AUGUCUUGUCUUGUUCUUCUUGCCGUCGUGUCGUUCCAUCAUUCACUUGCUGAUACUGUCCUUAGAGGCAAUGUCUUGUUUGAUGCCCUUGGGCGGUUUUUUUUGUUUUUGCUGCCACUGCCUGCUGCUUGUUCAUUUGCCACCGUGUUACAUAGACCCACCAAAGCAGAAAGGAUACUGGCUAAUAUGAAUACUGGCUUGUUCAAAAAGCUCUGAGCAUUGCUGUCCGUGAUAUCCCUGCUGCACAUACCGAUGUUUUUUAUGACUCUUCA